AUGGAGAAGCAAAGUAUAAGUAGCAAAGCUUCCAUUGUCACCAAGAAUGGCAGUGAUCUCCAUGGAGGACAUACUGGCAGUUAUGAUUCUUAUUAUGAUGAUGCUUCUUACUUCGAUUCAAUUCCACCGGGGUAUAGAUUCAAACCCUUGGAUGGAGAACUUGUUGCUAUCUACUUGAGGAAGAAAAUCGCCAACGAACCAUUGCCUCCGAAUAAGAUUCAUGAUGUUGAACUGUACAGAUUCAACCCAGACACACUGUCAGAAAUUUACGAGUCAUAUGGAGAAGAUGAGAUGUACUUCUUCACAUCAAGGGACAAAAAGUACCCUAAUGGUGCACGUCCGAACCGAGCAGCAGGGGAUGGAUACUGGAAAGCUACUGGGGUUAAAAAAAUAGUGAAGUUUGAGGAUGUUGAAGUUGGUAGCAAGACAUCACUGGUUUUCUACAGAGGAAAACCUCCCCAUGGUGACAAGACAGACUGGAAGAUGCAUGAAUUCCAAGUCAAUGCUCCUCCCAAGAGAAAAGACAGAAAUGACAUGAGGCUUGAUGACUGUGUUUUGUGUAGGAUAUAUAACAAACACAACCACUCGAAAGAUUCGAACCAAUCGAAUAAUAAUGGUGUCGAAAUUCAGGAACAACACAAUGUUGGAAGUAAUUCACAAGACAAUGCACAUGUUUCUGGUGAAGUAGUCGAUCAUCCUCCAGCAAACUCACAUGAGCUAACUUCUUUGUUGUCUAACCAGAAGUGUUAUUACAAUACUGAUCAAUCAGAAAAUCUCAACAGUGCAAAUUGUAUAGGUUUUGAUGGUCCUUUUGGAGUGGUAUCAAUUUCAUCAGCGCUUCCAUUCCAGAAUCCUCAGCAAUUCAAUGGGUAUCAAAAACGUCAACGUUUUUGCGAUUUACCAUCAGAAUUUUAUACUAACUAUGACCAAUGGCUCAAUGACACAGCCAAAGACUUAACCCACUGA